AUGCUUUUAAGGGGAGGCACGUACUUCCUAAACUCUGAUGUUACUUCUUUGCUUGUUAUUGAAUUGAAGCCAACUGACUCAAAUUUCCUCAGGUCUCAAACCACAAAAGGUAUAUGGAUGGCACGGUGUGUUGGAGUUGAACCUUGCACUCUUGUAAUGGAUUUAGAGGGCACUGAUGGAAGAGAACGAGGAGAGGAUGAUACUGCAUUUGAAAAGCAGAGUUCUCUUUUCGGCCUUGCAGUUUCUGAUAUAGUGUUGAUAAAUAUGUGGUGUCAUGACAUUGGUCGUGAGCAGGCUGCAAAUAAGCCACUCUUAAAAACUGUAUUCCAGGUCAUGAUGAGGUUAUUUAGUCCACGUAAAACCACUUUGAUGUUCGUCAUACGUGAUAAAACAAGGACGCCUUUGGAAAAUCUGGAACCUGUUUUAAGGGAAGACAUUCAGAAGAUAUGGGAUGGUGUUCCCAAGCCUCAAGCUCACAAAGAAACUCCGUUAAGUGAAUUUUUUAAUGUUGAAGUUGUGGCUCUUUCCAGUUUUGAAGAGAAGGAAGAACAAUUUAAAGAACAGGUAAAUAGUCUGAGACAGCGAUUCUUCCAUUCUAUUGCACCUGGUGGGCUUGCUGGGGAUAGACGGGCAGUAGUUCCAGCUUCAGGCUUUUCAUUUAGUGCACAACAGAUUUGGAAGAUCAUUACGGAGAACAAGGACCUUGAUCUGCCUGCUCACAAGGUGAUGGUUGCCACUGUACGCUGUGAAGAGAUUGCUAAUGAAAAGUUCUCUUCGUUUAUUGCAAAUGAGGAAUGGCGUCAACUAGAAGAGACUGUACAGGCUCAGCCGGUUCCAGGCUUUGGGAGGAAGCUCAGCUCAAUUGUUGAUGCUUGCCUCUCAGAUUGCUAUAGUUUGUUCCGCUUGUGCGCUCCUUCUUGGGAAGCUGAGACACAGUUUGAACACUCUAAUGGGUUGAACUGGAAUUUUGGGUUGGUGGACCUGACUGUGGAGUUGGGACUGGUUGCUGAGGAUAAAUCACAAGAAAAGCAUAGAUAG